GGUGUUUCCCCCUCUCUCUUUUUUUCUUUCUUUGCCCCAAACCCCCCCCUUCCUUUUGGUGGGGUUUUGAGUGUUAUGAUUGUACAUGUAAGGUGUGCUUUUAUUUAUCUUCAUUUGCAUUCUUAGGAUGUAAAAGUUAAUACACAAAUAGGGCUCAAUGAGUGUUUUGGUUAUUCUCAGUCAGAAUUUAUAGUUGACACAAAAGGUAGAAAGAUAGAAUAAACCCUUUGGUCCUCCUCCACCUGCUGAGGUGGCAGUAAAGGCUGUCUGACCUUCACUAGAAAGUCUUAGAUUACAUCUUUGUCUCCUUAAAGGUCCACAUUUAUAACAAGGCUGUUUAUGCAGAGUGGCUGGUAGAGAGGUGUGGGUUUUCUCUUGGGCUUCUCUGAGACUUCCACUUCACUCAGGCAUCGUUCAAUCCUUACACUUUGCUCGAGCCCGGUAUAAGAUAGGUGGGGCGCAUCUCAUGUUUUUCUCAACCAGUCUCAUCAGUUCUUCACUAACAUAAGGCAACUCAGUAGCAAGCCCGACCAUUUACCAUAAUUAUGGAUCUGUGGUACAUGGUUCCUGGAUUUGCUGAAACCAGUGUCAAAGCCCUGUUUUAAGCCAACAGAAUCAGACUCAUCACGUAGGUACACAAUCUCAUGUUGUAAACUUGUAACACUUUGCACUGUGCUUACUGAAAGAAAAGAGAAAUAAUGAUCUCAGCAUGCCAUCUGCCAGUUCUCUGUCUGAAUGGAACAGACUAUGUCAGACAAAGGGUGAGAUAUGUCUUUAAGUGAUUGUUGUGGAUUUUUGGUAGCUUUGGGGCUUCUUGUGUGGUUUUGUUUUGGUUUUGUUUUGGCUUUUUGUGUUGCUUAGAAACAAUAUCAUGAUUACAAAUUUAUAGCAUUUGUGCAGUAUGUGAGGGGUUAACAUGUUUGUAAAAAUUAAGAGUCCAAUUAAUGUUUCCUCUGCAGAACUUUAAAAUUAUUUGGCUCCUUCCUUUUUCUUUUUUCCCUUUUACAAAUGAUCUAGUAUAGUGAAAAAUUGUAAAUUUGCAUUUCAGUAUUACUCAAAUCAGUAGUGUUUUCAAAUGGAGCAUAUAGCAGAAUUAAAUAACUUGUGAAGCAUAAGUGGCUUUCAAAGGUCAUAUAAUGUCUUUGUGGUUAGUAGCUGCACACAGGGUAAUGCCUAUGAAGGAUCAUGUUUCCUCCAAAUGAACCACUGAACAAAGCAUUCAGUGUCAGAAGUCUUACUUGAUGACUUGCAGAACUAUGUUAGAAAGAUUUAGAACAGAGAACCAGAUGCACUUUAACAGAUUUCUUAUGCCAUCCUUUCAGCUCGCUAUAACUUCUGCUGGUCUACUGGAAUCUAUCCUACUAUUCAAAAUCUGUUCAAAAGCAUAAAAAGGUAAUACAAGAUGGGUUGGACCAGGCCAGCUUCUGUAAGGAGACACACCAACUUUAUAGUCACUGAGUAGUUGGUGGAGAGAAAUAGCCUGUCCCAGACAGUGUCAUCUGCUGUCUUUUAGACACGUGUCAUAGGGUGAGAUGAAUCACCUCUCUUUCGGCAGUGACUGAGCCAAAUGUGGCUAGACAACCUCUCCCUUUUAAGGCAGUAAAAGUUUGGUAACAUUAAUCCCAGUCCCCAAGUUAUUUUGUUUGUUUUCUGAUGAUACAUUAUAAUUUGCCUUUUAUUUGUUUCAGCAAAUAAGAUUUUAGAGGGAAGCAUCUCCAGCAGUCCUUGGACAAGGUUCACAUUGACUCCUGUGGGAGGUCGGAGUGAGAAAACACUGCAGGACUUCUCUUCCAGAAAAUGAAGUGUUUCCCUGUUCCUCUCCCCUAUUAGUGACAUUUUGUUCUACCUUUCCAUUCCCUUUAAUCACUGCUACAGAUGAUGCCAGCAGACAGUUAGGUGUUAUCCCCAGGGCCCGUGGAUUGUCACAAUAAAUUCUGUGAAAAGACAUGGUGUGAUUAAUGUCUAUUGCAGGAGCUGAAGGCAGUGCUCCAUAACAUAAAAAUACUUGCAAUCAACUAUUACAUUUUGCUCCGAUGUAAUGAUUCACAUUUGGCGACGUAAUGAUUGCAUCAUUUUACCUAUAACACAAGCAGUUGGGUUUAUGUUUAGUAGAGCUGCAGCAGAGAAAAGGGGGCCUAGCCAGUUGCUGUUGCUGCCCCUCAACUGCUUUCCUGCCUUGGUCCCUUUAUGAACAGCAGGACAUUCCUAUGGCAGAUGUUAAGGCCCUUAGUGAAAUUGCUUUAGCUGUUAAGUACACCCUCUGACCACAGGGAAGUAUCUUGUCAGCUCAGAAGAACUUUAUAUAUAAUGUAGAUAAAUUGCUGAGCUCCAUGUCCUGCCAUGACCAUGGUAAAAAUUGUCCUUAGCUUAAAGAGGCAGGAUGUAUUUUCAUGGCUCCAGGUGCUUGCCUGGUGCAAAGUCUGUGCGAGAUAUUUUGUUGUCCAUGUGCUUCACAGUGUCUACCAGUGGCACCAGGCUGCUCUCAUGGACUCUGAACCUCCAGAAGUUCACAUUUCCUGUGGCUCCAUUAAGCUGUUUAAAAAUGUAGGCAGGUCUGAUACCUUCCAAAAGCUGUUGGGUUUGGUACUGAUGUCCAUGGUAUUGGCACAGUGUGCACAUGACUAGCUCUGGUGCUGUGGGGAAUCACCACAGCCCUGCAUGCUGUGAAGAGCCUGUGUAUCCAGUGUACCUCUGGAAAUCCUGGGCUGGCUUGCUAACUCUGUACAAGUUCAGACCACAAGAAUGUCCCAUGGCUCAGAGAAUAUUUGUCUUAAUACAGAAUGAGAUACAAAAGACAAACUGUUAGAGGACUGCAGGGAGACAUUAAAAAAACAUAGAAGCCAAUCAAUCAGUUGUUAGACUUAGCACACUGGCAGCUCUAACUUUGCUGCAAUUCUGUGGCUCUUAUGUGGGCUUUUAGGAGGGUAAAGAAGUAGCUCAUAACUGCCAAGGCCAAGGGGGGAAAUAUCAAAGUACUUCAUUUGACAAUCAAAGAACUGGGUGGUGGAGAUUGCUGUACUGGGUUGAUCAGAGGUAGAAGUAACAUCUUUGAGCCAGAUGAGAAAUGUUAAGCUGACUGAAGUAUAUACUCAAAAGCAUUUUGAAAAAUGAGGAAGAAUACUGAUGCCCAACUGAUUGCAUACUCCACCUGUUUCAAAUCUGGUAUUUUGUUGUUCAUACAAACAUGCAGUUCCAGUUUGGAACUUACCUGUCCAUAGCAAGGUCAGUGCUGGAACUUUUGUUCCUUUGGAUUCUGUUUUGUCUAUAUGUUUAUUCAUUUGAAUGAUCCCUGUCUGUGGUAUGAGGAUCCAUCCAGCGUGGAUCAGUGGCAGAAUGAGGUCUCUAGUGAGUCAUGCUGGGCAGAGAUAUUCAGGCUGCUUUCUCUUCCAGAAUUUGCAUGGGAUGGAUGUUUUCUGAUCUUUAAAGAAAAAUGUCAGUUCUUGCAAACACAGUCUUCUUUCUCCAGUGAGGCAAUAAUUAACAAUGCUACUACUAUCACGCUUAGCAUAUUCUGCAUAAAGUUUGGUUUAAUACUCCUUUUAAUGGUGAUUUCAUAUCUAUACUGCUUGCCCUGUUGUAUCAGUAAACAUGUCAACAAGACUGCAGCUGUGUCUCGCAAAUUUACAAGUUCUCCUCUGUAUGGAAAGCCAGCUCUGUUGAGGCAUAGCACAGACAUGUGGAAUAGUGGCAAACUGAGCUUCUGCAAAUGAAUUGACGUUACUUCAUACAGCAGUGCAGCCAGAUAUUCUCACUUUGACAUAAUAGCCCCACAUAAUUCUCCUUUUCUAGCUCUGAGUUACCUUUUUGACAGCCUCUUCGUGAGGCACUAAAUUUGCUUCUGACUGAUUGAGGCCAAGUCAAUUGCGAAUCACACUGUCACAUCUAGGAAUUCAUGUGUUUUCAGCUCUGUGAAAGUGUUUCACCUUUAUGAAUUGACCAUAUGUUUGCUGGAAAGAAGACUCAGGUUUGAAAAUCAGAUUUUCUAUGUACUGAUUUAAUAAUUUUCAAGUAGAAAAUAUCUUCUCUGAGUAUAAUGGCAACAUUUAAAAGAAAUGGUUACAUUUCCAGUAGAAUUUAUGCGUUCAUGAAAAGCUAUCAUCCUAAGUGGAAAAUAAAGCUUAAAGUAUGAUGUGUUCCCUUCUCCUGGUAGAGAAAUUCAGUGCUUUAAAGAACCCAGAACAGCACAUUGCUUUUAAAGCAUUGUUUUAUGAAGAAAAUUAUGUAAGUGUUUAUUUGGGGUUGGGUUCUUCUUGUUGCUGUUAUUCCUCAUGAAGCAGCCCAGCUCUCUUUGAGUCCCUAGCCUGUCACUUCUUUUGUACAUCAAGUUUUCCACUGCCAGGAUGUGUCAUACCUCACCCACUCAGUUGCCCUGGGUAGUUCUGGGUUGGUUUUCUGUGGCUGCAAUUGUCUUCCUGACCAUGAAAUGAUAACCAUACAUCCCACUUAAUAGCAUGAAUAGCUAGCACUUUCCUCCCUUCUAGGGAAGGGUUCUAUCACACCUGUAUCUUUUAGUCAGAAGCUGAACUAAAAAUUUUAUUGAGACAAAUGUAAGAGUAGAGAUCCCAGCCAGAUUGAACAUAGAAGUAACAUGAAAGCCAGGACUUUAUGAGUGAAAGCUGUUUUCUGUGCAUAGUUUUGGAGGCAAAUGUCUGAUGUGCAGGUGUUAAACAGACCAUCUCCCAUCUUUCAAGGGGGAUACAACUCACUGCUUGGCUAGUUUUCACUUUCUUAGAAUAUUUUCAUACAAGGUAAUUACCAAUAUCCAGCAAAAGGAGGGUUGUUUGUAGCUUUUCAAAGGGUUCUUGUAACAUCCCUGUGGCAUGAUACAGUAACUGCUAUUUUUCCUAUGAUAUCCUUCAGGAAGUGUCUGUGUGACAAGAAGGCCAUUUAACAAUGAAAAAAUUCACACUGUUUGAUUUUGUAAAUGAUAAUUCACUGCAAAUUGGAGAGACUUCAUGGAUCCAGGACCUGCCCUGUGAUGACAAUGAACUAGAAAGGCUUCUGAAACCUAAUGAACACGUACUAGUAAACUGGCCUGUGGGAGAAAGAAAGACAGAAAAGCACCUGGUGAAAGUUGUGUACAUGAGUGAUGACCCCCAAGAGCUGGUGGAAAUGAUGCAAAAGAUAUUACGAGCAGAUGAAAUCACAAAAAUACAAGUCCUUGGAAAAGGCAAGAGGAAGAGGAUAGAAAUGAUAUUCUCAGAAAGUGAGGACAGUGACCUGGACAAAGAAAAGGGGAAGAUGAUGAAACAUAUAAAAAGAAAGAAAUCAUUGCAGGCAUCUGCUCCUGCCAACAUCCUGAGUCAACUUGAAACAUCUUUAAUUAACAAACAGAGAGAACCAUAUUCAGGAAGCAGCUUUCUAUAUAGUGAAAGUAGCAGUGAUGAUGAAGAGCCUUUAUUUCAACUCUCCAAGGUGGAACUCUGUGCCAAAAUUAAAAGUCUCAAGAGGAAGCUGACAGAUACCAUGAGAGAAAACUGCCGCCUAAGGCAGUCCUUGGUGAUGCUUCAAGUGUUGCCACAGGCAGUCACUCACUUUGAGGAGCUGGUAGGGAUGGCUGAAGCACUGCUCAAAGGGGGAGUGACAUCAUCCACGUCCAGUCUGCAUCCACAUGCUGUUUGGAAGGCAUCUCACAAUCCAUUAGCAGAUUCCUAUGCAGCUAUGCAUAGUAACUCCAGCUCACCAAUAAUUUUGAAUGUGGAAGAUGAGGAGCAACAGACUGAAAAACAGUUCAAGAUCGAAAAGUGGCAGAUUGCACUUUGUAACAAGAGCAAACCUCAAAAAUUUAUAAAUGACUUGAUGCAAGCACUUUAUACACAUGAAUACAUGGCUACACACAGCCUGACAGGUGCAAAGUCCUCCUCUUCAAAGGAUAAAGCGGCAAAACCAGCUAUGAAUCAGAAUGAAGUUCAGGAAAUCAUAGGAAUCACAAAACAGUUGUUUCCAAACACAGAUGAUGCUUUAAUUAGGCGCAUGAUGGGACAAAAACUGAACAAUUGCACCAAGAAGCCAAUUUUAAGCAAAGACCUUAACUCAGGUGCUUUUCAGAAACAUAGCUUUUGUGGUUCAACAGCUGCUCCUCAGGGCAUCAUCUCUUCGGCUGUUCCUCCUUGUACACAAGACCAGCGGGAUGAUGAUUCACCAGCUGCUAAUGCACAACUUCAGCAAAGUGACAGCUGCCGGACUCCUCCACCUCCCACCCCAGAAGGUCAGCAGGAAUGUCCCAAACUCACUUCUUCUAGGGUGGAGUCUCAACUCGCCAGCAGCUCACCAGCGCCCUCUCCCAACCAGGGUUGUGGACAGGAUCUCAGGAAUUCAGACAAGGAAUAACAGGUGUUUCAUUCCAGCUCAUGUGCUCCACAGAGAUUGAGAAGUGAUAUAAAGUAAAAAAGAAAUAAUAUCUAAAUUAUACUAGAUGUAUGGUAGUGUCCAACAGCGGACAGAGAUAGAAGCCUGAGAUUUUUUUUCUCAAACAAAUGAAAAUCCCAUAGUCUAGAAAAAAAUUGAAGGCAUAUUAAUAUAUUUGAAUUUAAGAUGUUAUAAGAUAUAUGCAUGUUAUGCAGUAAUUAAAAUAUGUACUGAAGAAUACAAGUAAAGUUCCCCUUAGUUAGAAAAAAAACAUUAUUUAAAGUACUACCAAAAGAAUAUAUAUGAGGAACCAUAAUUCCCCUCGCUUUCACCUUGACAGCCAAGGGAAAACUGCUUAAAUGAUCAAGGAAAGUUAUUGUAUAUUAAUGCAAAAAAGAUAUAGUGAUAUGGAGAGAAAACAGAAAGAUCUCCUAGUGAAAUGAAGACUGUGGCCAGGACAGGAGUAGAAAGCACAGGGCCACAUGAGCAGAGAAGAAGAAAUGAAAUAGAUGUUUAAGGCUGCCACUAACUAGGAAAACAAAAUAACUUUCUUAGGCCAAUGAAACUACAACUUUCAAGAUAUCCACAGGAAAGAAGCAGUUAUUUUUUAACCUCUUAAAGUAGGAAAGGCAAUGGAAGAAGCCAUGUUCUUUUGUAGCUCAGGGACGAGUCCUCCAGGAGAGCCUGUUUAGUUAUGGAAUCCAUUCUCUUACAGGGAUUCUGCUGCUGGCACCCUGCUGGUUUGGCAGCUCUUACUCCCUUCUUCUUCCCAGACCAUCAAGUCCAUAGGAUAAGGGUGCCUGGUCUCUUCAGUGGGGAAAUAGAGGACAUUUCAGCAGAACCAACUAGUAAAGGGCAGAGUUGUCAGCUUCUACUCCCUGUGUUUUGAUUUUGGUAUGCUACCCCUUGCUUAGAGAAAAGGUGGACAGGCAGUCCCCUCAUGGGACUAGGACCAGAAAAAUCCGAGUAUCUGGGCAGUUCCCCUUGAGAUCUGACACCACUUCUUCCAGGAAGUAGCUAGCAGUCACACAAACCCUACAACAGCCUUAGGAGGAGGAGUGGAAGAUACAGGCUCCCCAGGCCAGUGGUCACAGCACCAAGCCUGGCAGAGUUCAAGAAGUCUUUGGACAAUGCUCUCAGGCACAUGGUGACUCUUGAGGUGUCCUGCACAGGGCCAGGAGCUGGACUCGAUGAUCCCGAUGGGUCCCUUUCAACUCAGCAUAUUCUGUGGUUUUAUGAUUUUUUUCCUUGCUGACUGAUUUCAGGAUUUCAGUGUGCUGACAUGGGAAGGAGCUUGGGACUAUAGCUUUCCUGUUUGAGUGCACUUCUCCCAGAACUGAGAGUACUGUAAGCUGAAUCUAUUUCAAACAUGGCAAACAGGCAACUAACAAAUCAGAUUGGAAAAAUAAAAUGACAUUAUGCUGAAGAAAUCUUGUUUGAUUUAAGGAGGAUUUCAGGAUGUGUGAUUUACAGAAAUAAGUUAGAAAUAAUAUUAGGGUGAACACUGAAAAAAAAAUCUGAAGAUAAGGUUAUCAGCCAAAUACUGCUGAAGUGAAGUGCUGCAAAUCUAAUUGUUCUAGAGCAAGGCACUAAUAGAAUGCACCAUGGAGAAGACUUGUUUGUGGGCUGGGGUACAAAUUAAGUGAUUUGCUCUCCUUUUUCAUCUCUCACCUAACAAUUCCUUGUAGAUAGGAUCAGGAUGAAAGCAGGUAUGAAAUAUGUUAGUUCUAUCUCAUGCUAUUAACUACUGUCUAUAAAAUGUAAGAGAAGGAUAUUUGCUAUUAUGUAAAUUUUGUAUAUGUAAUUGUAUGUACAGCAUAUAUAAUAAUGUAUAUAGUUAAUCCUAUUUUUGAAGCAACUUUCUAUCAAAUAAAAUGAAACAUUACU